ACGAAUCGGCCCGGCAGUCGCUUGCACCAUGUCUGGCUCCUCCAGCGUCGCCGCUAUGAAGAAAGUGGUUCAGCAGCUCCGGCUGGAGGCCGGACUCAACCGCAUAAAAGUUUCCCAGGCAGCUGCAGACUUGAAACAAUUCUGUCUGCAGAAUGCUCAACAUGACCCUCUGCUGACUGGAGUAUCUUCAAGUACAAAUCCCUUCAGACCCCAGAAAGUCUGUUCCUUUUUGUAGAAAAAUGAAUCUUUCAAAGGUUUCCCAAACGACUCCUUAUGAUCCAGUGAAUAUUCAAGACAGCUACAUUUGAAGCCUGUACAAAAGCUUAUCCCUGUAACACAUGUGCCAUAAUAUACAAACUUCUACUUUUGUCAGUCCUUAACAUCUACCUCUCUGAAUUUUCAUGAAUUUCUAUUUCACAAGGGUAAUUGUUUUAUAUACACUGGCAGCAGCAUACAAUAAAACUUAGUAUGAAACUUUAAAAAAAA